AGAGGAGAAGGUCCCAGAGAACCCUCAGAUGACAAAUCAGGGGGAAGAUCUGACUGAUAUUAAAGUGGAGGAUGAAGAAGAGCGGAUGAUGGGCGAUCCCCCGUGUAAGAGUGAGGUGGAGGAGGAUAUUCCAGGAGAUGUCACCAGAGAAAAUUCCAGUAAGAAUUCUGAAGGAAAUGUCAUGUUAUCACCAAACUAUAAUAUAGAAGAUGAAGACAUCAUUCAGCGCCCUUCAGGAGAAAACCUAUUUAAUGUACAUCCAUUACUUCAAAGUACAGAUCUAUUAUAUAACCCCCCCAAUCAUGAAGAAUCUUCUUCUGACCAAUCACACAUUGUUACUGCAAGUACAGGUCAGAAAAGGGGUGAAAGGUUUCAAUGUGGUAAAGAGUUCACAAAAAGCUCAGAUCUUUCUACUCACAGAAGAAUUCACACAGGAGAGAAGCCAUACUCCUGUUCUGAAUGUAGGAAGUGCUUCACAGAGGAAUCAAGUCUUGUUAGACACAAGAGACGUCACACAGGAGAGAAGCCGUAUUCAUGUUCAGAAUGUGGGAAAUGUUUUACGCAGACAUCUAAUCUUGUUAAACAUCAGAGAGUUCACUCAGGAGAGAAACUGUAUUCAUGUAUUGAAUGUGGGAAAUGCUUUACACAAAAAUCAGAUAUUGUUAGACAUGAAAGAAGUCACACAGGGGAGAAGCCAUAUUCAUGUUCAGAAUGUGGGAAAUGUUUUGCACAGAAAUAUAAUCUUGUUAAACAUCAAAGAAUUCAUACAGGAGAGAAGAUGUAUUCAUGUUCAGAAUGUGGGAAAUGUUUUACACAAAAAUCUGAUAUUGUUAGACAUGAAAGAAGUCACACAGGAGAGAAACCAUAUUUAUGUUCAGAAUGUGGGAAAUGUUUUACAGACAAAUCAAAUCUUGUUAAACAUCAGAGAAUGCACACAGGAGAGAACCUGUUUUCAUGUUCGGAAUGUGGGAAAUGUUUUAUUAGUAAAGCUAAACUUAGUUAUCAUCAGAGAAGUCACACAGGAGAGAAACCGUAUUCAUGUGUGGAAUGCAGAAAGUGCUUUACAGAAAAAUCAAGUCUUGUUAAACAUCAGAGAAUUCACACAAGAGAGAAGCUGCAUUCAUGUUCACAAUGUGGGAAAUGCUUUAAUAAUAAAGCCAAACUUAAGGUUCACAGAAGAAUUCACACAGGGGAGAAUCCAUACUUCUGUUCUGAAUGUGGGAAGUGCUUUGCAGAAAAAUCAAGUCUUGUUAGACACAAGAAACGUCAUAGAGGGGAGAAGCCAUAUUCAUGUUCAGAAUGUGGGAAAUGUUUUACAAUUAAGUCACAUCUUGUUAAACAUCAGAGAAGUCACACAGGAGAGAAGCCAUAUUUAUGUUCAGAAUGUGGGAAAUGUUUUACAAUUAAAUCAAAUCUUGUUAAACAUGAAAGACGUCACAGAGGAGAGAAGCCAUAUUCAUGUUCAGAAUGUGGGAAAUGUUUUACACAAAAAUCACAUCUUGUUAGACAUGAGAGAAGUCACACAGGAGAGAAACCGUAUUCAUGUUUGGAAUGUGGGAAAUGUUUUGCACAAAAAUCAAAUCUUUUUAAACACCAGGGAGUUCACACAGGAGAGAAGUCAUAUUCAUGUUUGGAAUGUGGGAAAUGUUUUGCACAAAAAUCAAAUCUUUUUAAACAUCAGGGAGUUCACACAGGGGAGAAGUCAUAUUCAUGUUCAGAAUGUGGGAAAUGGUUUACACAAAAAUCAUAUCUUGUUAGACAUGAGAGAAGUCACACAGGAGAGAAACCGUAUUCAUGUUUAGAAUGUGGGAGAUGUUUUACAGAUAAAGCAAAUCUUGUUACACAUCAGAGAAUGCACACAGGGGAGAAACCAUAUUCAUGUUCAGAAUGUGGGAAAUGUUUUAUUACUAAAGCCAGACUUCGUUUUCAUCAGAGAAGCCACACAGGAGAGAAGCCAUAUUUUUGUUCAGAGUGUGGAAAGUGCUUUACAGAGAAAUCAAGUCUUGUUGUACAUGAGAGAAUUCACACAGGACAGAAACCGUAUUCAUGUUCAGAAUGUGGGAAAUGUUUUAUUACCAAACCCAAACUAAGAAUUCAUCAAAGAAGUCACACAGGAGAAAAGCCAUUUUGAUGUUCUAUAUGUGUAAAAUGUUUAUUAAUAAUAAUAAUAAUAUUGUAGUUGAAUCAGAAUUGCUCACCCUCUAGGUAAUAUGGAAUAGGGUGCUUUAACUACUAUAGACUCACCCUGUCUAUUGCAAUAUAAACAUUUUUGAAGGAAUGUAUGUUAGGCACACCUAAUAUCUAGGCCCAUAUAUGGAAACACGAUAAUCGUGUAAAAUAUUUAAUAUGGUAAAAUAUUCAAAAACAGGGAUUCAAAAACAAGUCUCAAUAUUCCUAAACACAAUACUCCUAAAAGUCAUAUAAAUAAAAUACAGCAAUGCAUAUAUAGGUAAUUCAUAAAGCUUAUAUAUGUUGCCAACAUAGUUGUUAGUUCAAGAAGGAAUAUUAGAUGCUUGCAGUUGGUACAGUAUAGUCUCUUUGCUUUAUCUUUAUAUGUAUAGCAAACACAGUUCCAAUAUUAGUAGUGGCACAGCUUCAUGUGCGUUACUGUUUGGUGCUCUGCAGCGGGGUCUCGUAACUGGCGUCCUGCCUGUGUGUGUGCUCAGAACGAGCCCUUACCUCGCACUUCCUGUUUCAGUGGGAGCUGUUGCAGUGAUUUUUGUUGGCCACUAGAUGGCUCCCACAGAUUGUGUGUGGUUUGUAGAUGUCGGUAUUCAGACUGAAUACUGCAGAUUUUUACAGACGCUGGAGCGCUCCUUAUUCGUAUGUAGUCCAUAUGCAUCUGUAUAGUACGGGGGACUGUAGAUACCAGACGCGUUUCGGAGUCAAACUUGUACUCCAUCAGUGGUAACAGACUCCCUAAUAAAUGUGACCUUAUAUACCUCUCUUGAGGCUUUUAUAAUGAGGAUUCAUUUGAAAACCUGAAACGGAUUUUCUUAUUAUUCUUCCAUUACAGGUAUACAUAGCUGCCCUUGGUAUAAUAUAGUUAGAAUGACUGACAUAACAAAAAUGCACGAUUGUAAAUGCACUAUAAUUAUGGCUACACAAAUUUAUAUAUUUUACCAUUAUAAUACAGUUUCUAUACAUCUUUCAUAUUUUGGUGAACUUGCACUCCCAAUAGUUGGAUAUACUUAUCUUCUAUAAUGUAAUGCAGUUAUAUUACAAUUUCUGUGCGUUUUUUGACAUCUUUUAUAUUUAUAUUAGGUUUUUAUCAUUAAAGAUAUCCCCAUUUCCAAUACAUGGUCAAAUUAUUAUUUUUUAGAUGUGAAGGAUGUGAUCCCCUAUAGUGACCUUACACAUAUAUUACGAUUAUUGUCUGUUUUUGGUAC